AAACCCGUCCGCAAUCACGGCGAGUUCUCAUUCCAGCCCGAAUACUCUACACAGACGGUUCGGCUGAUACUGAGACACCAUGAACAAGUUACUUCUCCUCCUUCUGGGGGCCUGCCUGACGCAGGCGACCAUCAGAUCAGAAGACCUUGCUGACAAGGUGUUUGGUCAGGGUCGGGCCUACGGGUACAGGUACGAGGGAGAGAUCAUGUCCGGCAUCCCGAAAACCUCCGACAGGUUCUCCGGCAUGAGGAUCGAGUGCGACGCGCGCCUGCAGUUCCAGACGGACGAGGAGAUCCUGCUGCGUCUUGAGAACGUGAAGCUGAAGACGCUGCGCGGCGAGCUGGAGUCUCCUGAGGAGAAGGCGCUCAACAGGAUCGUCAAGAAAACUUCCAAGGAGACUGCCCAGGAGCAGCAGCACCAGGACGCGUUCCGCCAGGACCUGUUCACGUCUUCCGCCGAGGAGUGGGACGCCAAGUCCAUCCAGACGUCUUCCCAGGAGAGCCGAGAGACGCCCAGCAUGGAGAGGCACCAGCAACAGAAGCAGCGCGAGGCGAGCAGGAUCAAGGAACAGAAGACGUCGGCCGAGCAGCAGGGUCGCACCAGCAGCCAGGGGAGCUCGGAGUCGGUUUCUCGGGAGGAGAGCGAGGAGGUUCCCGCCGAUGAGCUGGCGGAGCUACGGCGCCAGCUGGAGAAGCCCGUGCUGGUGGUGUACAGACAGGGCCGCGUGGAGAGCAUCCGGGGCCAGAAGGACGAGCCCCAGUGGUCCGUCAACAUCAAGCGCGGCGUCAUCAACCUGUUCCAGUGCACCCGUAACCCCAAGAACUCCGAGAUGUUGGACAAGGACGGGCGGGAGGAGACCAACGUCGCGUUCGACAAGUCUCCAGAGAGGUUGUUCCGUAUCAUGGAGGAGGACGUGAGCGGCCAGUGCGAGACGCAGUACCUGGUCCAGGACAGCCGGAAGGAGAAGGGCGUGCAGGUCGUCACCAAGACCAAGGACUUCCAGAACUGCAGGGAGAGGCCUCAGCAGCAGCGCUCCUUCAUCAGCGGCAAGAAGGUCGGCAAGACCGAGAAGGAGGAGCACCUUCAGUCCACGGUUGAGACGCGCCAGCGCCUGGUGACGGACCGCAGCAGCAGCGGCAAGUUCCUGAUCCAGCGCGCAGAGUCACGUGGUCAGCACGUCUUCCAGCCUUACUCCGAGCAGGGCGGGGAUGUCAUCACCUUCGCCAAGCAGACCCUUGAGCUGAUCGAGGCCACGACGACAAUCCCAGAUCCAAAGAUCCCCGAGCCGCUGCAGCCUGAGGAGAAGGGCAAACUGAUGUUUGUGUUCGAGAAGAAAACUCCCCAGCCCGGCAGCAGCCAGGAGAGCCGCGAGAGCACCGAGCAGAGCAAGGAGGUCACCCAGCAGAAGGUUACCCAGCUGUGUGAGGGCAUUGCCCGCGGAGUGCGUGAGACCAUCACCGAAGAAACGCCCAAACAGAUCAUCCAGCUCAUCACCGAGCUGCGCAAGAUGGACAAGCAGCAGCUCAAGCAGUUCUGCCUGGAGAAGAUCCCCAAGACCACACCGACCCCGAAGACCAGUCAGGAGAAGGCACAGUCUGAGACCCGCAAACUCAUGAUCGACGCCGUGUCCAUGGCCGGCACUGAGGAGGCUCUCAAGGUGGUUAAGGAGCUACUGGAGGAGAACAAGAUAACACAGGAGGAUGCACAGACCCUGAUAGCCGGUCUGUCCGUGUCCAUAAACCCCUGCACAGCCACUGCCACCCGCCUCAUGCUGGAAAUUGCGAAGUCCCCCAAGGCGCAGCAGAACCCUAACCUGCGUAAGGUGUGCUGGCUGGCGUUUGGCACCAUGGUGCACAAGUUCACCAAGACACAGCCUCAGGAGGCCGCCGAGCUCAUACAGAUCAAGAGGGAGUACGCCAAGCAACUUCUGGCCGGCAUCAAGCCCGAGAAGACAGCUGAGGAGAAGAUGAUGUGCCUGAAGGCGAUCGGGAACGCUGGGCUGGAGGACUCUGUCGACAGUCUGGUGGAGAUAAUCUCCGGAAAGGACGCCAAGACAACCCCCACCGAGAUCAGACUGCAGGCCAUCUACGCUCUGCGUAGGAUCGCCAAGAAACAGCCUCACAAGACCCGUAACAUCCUGUUCCCAGUGUUUAAGAACCCAGAGAACCCGGCCGAGGAGCGUAUCGCUGCCUUCAUCGGCCUGAUGGACUCUGAGCCGCAGGCUUCAGUCCUGGAGCUGGUCGCCCAGUCUACACAGAGGGAGACAUCCAACCAGGUUGGUCGGUUUGUGUACACCCACCUGAGGAGCUGUGCGAGGAGCCGCAUGCCGCGCGACCAGAAGACACGUCUGGGCUGCGAGCGGGCACUCAGGCUCUGCAGACCAUUCAACCUCGGGAUACAGUACUCACAGAGCGAGAAGUUCCAGGCUAUGGACGAUGAGAUGAAGAUGGGAGCCUCUGUUGCGCUGCAGACCAUCGCUGACAAGCGGUCUGUGUUUCCUCGCGCGGCCACGGCUAAGCUGAGUGUACAGGCUAUGGGCUACAGCAUCAACCUGCUGGAGACUGGCGUCAGGGCCUCGGGGAUGCAGACCAUGGUGGACUCUCUCUACAGGCAGUGGGAGGAUGGAAAGGGCGUGAUGCACUACCUGAAGAAGAAGAGCCAGGAGACCAGCCGGGAGUACCACGAUUCCGCCAGCGCCCAGAGCACCGAGAGGCAGCGCACACUCAGGAACAUCGAGGCCGAGAAGAUACAGAGCAAGCUGAACAUUAAGACCAGAACUCCGGAGGACCCUAAGGGACAGAUCUACCUGAAGAUUGCCGGCAACGAGGUCUACUUCCACCAGUUCAGGAGCGACCUGCUCAAGAAGUUUGUCCGCGAGGACAGGCUGUCCAUCCAAGACAUCGAGCAGCAGCUGAAGGAGGGUGUGCAGACCACCAUGACGAAGGCCCAUCUUGUUGCUGAUGCCACCCAGCGGAUUCCCACUUCUCUGGGUUUGCCACUGGAGCUGGACAUCAAGGCCAUACUGCUGGCCAGGUCUGAGAUUGGAGGCAGGAUGGAGGUGUCCCCUAGCCUCUUCCGCGAGGACCGCAAUAACGACAAGAAGGAGAUCACAGCCAUCGAUGCCAGGCUGCAGAGCACUCACACCGUUGCCAUGCAGACCACAGGUAAGAUGACGGUUGACUGCCGCGUCAUCAAGUCCGGAGUUGCUCUUGACGUGACCAUGAACAGCCUCAUCCCCAUCUCUGGGAAGGCGACCUUUGACAUAAAGAACCGCCAGCACAAGCUCACAUUCGAGACUCCUGAGAAGGAACGCGAACUCCUGGUGCUGAAGUCUCGUCCCAUUGUCUUCACCGAGGAGACAGCCGCCCCCAAGACGCCUGACAGCAAGCAGGUGAAGGAGCCUCAGAUCAAGGAGAUCACGCUCCAGGGCAGGAAGAUCCAGAGGUUUCCCAGCACGGUCAGUUUGUUUUUUUGCAAACCACCUUAA